GUCUCAUACGAACCAACUCAAUAGUUGUUCAAUCUAUUGAGGUUGAAGAACUAGGCUAGCAAAGUUCUGGGUCAUUAAUGCUAUAUGGGUUUCACAAGCCUCCUCCCUUGGAUGUCAAAAUCGUCUGGACUGAGACUCACAAUGCAGAAAUGGUCAUACUACCUUAACGAAGUGUCUGAUGUGGAUAUCUCAUACAGUGUAAUAUCUCCAAGUUCCUCACCUUUUUCCCUUGUAAUCGCCAAAGGUAAAUUUGCCUUGUACGGGUACAGCUGAAUUUCACAUUUAAUGCCUUCACCAAUACUACAACUAAGGUUUAUUACAAUUGUGCACCCGCCAGCCAACCUUGUAGUUUCAAACUUCCCGUUCUAGGGGCAAAUGCUGCAGUCGUAACAUCUCCAGGUCCAGCUGAGGUGAAAGGAUAAUAUUUGUUAACUUUUUGUUGCUUGAGUAAUAUGGUGCAGAUGCUCUCUGUCGGUGUAAAACUGGAAAUUUAAUGGUCCACCCACUAACACUGCUUAUUGUACCCUUAAAAUUUUUUUGGUAGAAGUUGUGAUUGCAACAUGUUACAUGCAAAAUGUCUAUUCAGAAGGGUUUGAGGUUUUAUUUUUUUGGGUAAAGAGGAAGGGUUUGAGUUAACCUCUGAGGAAGAUACAUUUAAACCUAGUGGAAAAGGGAAAAUGCUAUAACAAGGAAUCACCCAUGAGCACAAACAUAAUUUCCCAUUUUCCGUGAAAAUACAGUUUCAAUUUUACUCUAUAGCAUUGAAAUUCACACCAAGCUUGGGCAACAGAACAAUUUAGAGGAACCCUGUUUUACAAUAACAAGAAAGAUUUCGUAUACUACUACGAAUAAGCCGGCCAAUUUAGUAUACAUGUCAACUGUUGACAGAAAGGGUUAAUUCGAAAACAAAGUUGGGCGUGUUGCAGUAGUUUAAACCCUAAAACCUGUUAAAGACAGAUGCAGAGAAGAUGCCAAAAGCAAACUCAAAUGGGUCAAAACGAAAGGAGUGCAAAUCAAUUAGAAAUAGUUAUUUUUUACAGUAUGACCCGCACGCAAACGAAAGCAAAGUCAGAAAAUCGUGCGAUUGCCCCCACCUGGACAACCCAAAGCAGUGCAGAGACAGCCAGACAAAAUUACAACCGAAAAAGCGCAACAGAGUAGGACACCAGUUUUAAUGCGAACACCUAACUUUCACAAAGCCCCAAACAAAACCCACCUCCUCGAAAACUUCAAUAUCCUCACCUCAUGGGAUUCCUUCCUUCCAGAAGUUCUCUUUGCUCUCCGUCUUAUCUUUUACCUCUUCUCGUUUUGAUAUCCACCUUCUCUCUCAGUGCUGUCUUCCUCCUUUACAAGGUUGAAGACUUCGCUACACGAAUAAAAACUUUGGCCGGAGACAACUUAGAUCCAACACCAUGGCAUUUAUUUCCAUCAAAGGAGUUAAACAAAAACACUUCAUCACGCGCCCGCGCAUACAAAAUUUUACAAUGUUCGUAUCUCUCUUGUUCAUCGUUAUCUCAAUGGAAAACACCGCCCCGGGUUGACACCUCUAAGCCGGUGGAGGAUUGCCCGCGGUUCUUUGAUUUGAUUCAUCAUGAUCUGGAACCGUGGGCCAAGACCCGGAUAAACAUGACCCAAAUAAUGGAAGCGAAGAAGUUUGCUGCUUUUAGAGCUGUGAUUGUUGGGGGGAGAUUGUUUGUGGAUCUUUAUUAUGAUUGUUUUCAAAGCAGAGCCAUGUUCACGAUAUGGGGAUUGUUGCAGCUCCUUAAAAGGUACCCUGGGAUGGUACCCGACGCUGAUAUGAUGUUUGAUUGCAUGGACAAGCCUGUUAUUGAUAGAACGGAACAUGGGUCGCUGCCAUUACCACUCUUUCGGUAUUGUACCAAUAAAAAAAGCUUCGAUAUCCCGUUUCCCGAUUGGUCGUUCUGGGGUUGGCCUGAAACAAAUUUACGGCCCUGGAAUGAGGAGUUCCCAGACAUUAAAGUAGGUUCGCAUGCUAAAAAUUGGUCACAGAAGUUUCCCCAUGCUUACUGGAAGGGAAAUCCGGAUGUUGCUUCUCCUCUGCGUGUAGAGUUAUUAAAAUGCAAUGACACAGAACGAUGGGGAGCUCAAAUAAUGCGUCAGAAUUGGUCUGAAGCAACAAAAGAGGGAUUUAAGCAGUCCAAAUUAUCGAAUCAGUGUAAUAAUCGGUACAAAAUCUAUGCUGAAGGCUAUGCUUGGUCUGUGAGCUUGAAAUAUAUUCUAUCAUGUAAUUCUCUUGCUCUGAUAAUUUCUCCCGAGUAUGAAGAUUUCUUCAGCCGUGGUCUCAUUCCUAAGACUAACUACUGGCCUGUCUCUGCAACUAAUUUGUGCCCCUCUAUAAAAUUUGCCGUUGACUGGGGUAAUGCAAACCCAUCUGAGGCUGAGGCAAUGGGACAAAGGGGACAAGAUUUCAUGGAAAGCUUAAGUAUGGAUCGAGUGUAUGAUUACAUGUUUCACCUCAUCACAGAGUACUCAAAGCUGCAGGAUUUUAAGCCAGCUCCACCAUCGUCUGCUCGGGAAGUUUGUGUUGAUUCGCUGCUUUGUUUGGCUAAUGAUAGCCAGAGGAAGUUCCUUGAAAGAACAUAUACCUUUCCUUCACCAACCCCACCAUGCAAACUUCAGCCUCACAGUGCAUCUGUUAUGAAGAGUUGGAUGGAUGAAAAAGAGAAGGCAAUCAAUGAUGUCAGGAAUAUGGAAGCUCAGAAUACUCCAGUGUAGAAUGCAUUAUAAGCACAACAUUGCCGCUGUAAAGUUAAAAAAAAAACUUAUACACUGAUUCAUUUGUAGAUGUAGAAUUGAUUGUUGAUGGUGGUGUAAUAGGAAAUAUAUGAAUUUGAGGUGCUGUAUUGUUUUCA